UUCCAGAAAUGUUAACUUGAAUUUAAUCAACGUUUAAACUGUUCACAUUACAAAAAUUAUCAUGGAUUAAAAUGUUUUACCUUCAAAUCAAUGGUAACCAGGCUGCAUGCAAUAUCAAGGGUUGCAGUAUUAGCAGCAAGGCUAAAUGUAUCAUAAAAUAAAAUAUAGAUACGUUACUUUUAAAAAGGGGAUUUUUCUCAUUUUUAUUACCUGUGGACUCCCUUCAUCACAUGGAUUAUUCAUUGUGUAUUUGAUCUUAAUAAUUUAAUUGGAGUCAAGAGUCAAAUCCUUUCCCAUUCUUAUGAAUCAUAUCUUAUGUACUCUUCUGUCCUCCUCACAGGGCUAACACAAACACAUAUGUGGGAAAAACCCUUCCGCCUUGUUGAGAAAAAAGCUACUACUCUGCAUUACUCUUAAAUACUAUAAUCACACCUAAAUGGCCCUGACUCCAUAAGGAGAAGUUAUUGAAGGUGUUUAUUCCACAAGAUGGAGCCUUGUUCAUAGACUGUUUCGUGCCAUAAAAAAGGCAUGGUGAGACAGAGCAACAUGAUAGUGAUACUGCAACAUCCAACAGCCACACAGGACUCAAGAGAGAGGAGGAGAAGCGACAAAGUGAGAGAAGAGUGUAGCAGUCUGGUUCACACGCUGAUCAUCAUCACAUCAUAGAAUAUGGGACCACUGAGGACAUCCGUGAUCGUUCUUCUACACCUGGGUGCAUGCAUUGCAGCUCCUGUGCCGUGUGAGGAGAAGGUGGUCCGUUUGGAGACUGAGAUCCAGGACCUGAUAAGUGUGAUCAAUGACCAGCACCGCUACAUCCGGGACCUCCACAACAGGCAGGCCGAGCAGCUGGAGCACAUCCCCAACUCACACCUGGGACCCAGCAACCUGUACAGAGACUGUUCUGAGGUGUUUGAAGGUGGUAAUGUGGCCAGUGGGCUCUAUGUGAUUCGUCCAGACGGCUCUCCCACUGCACUCAGUGUUUACUGUGACAUGAGCACUGGAGGUGGAUGGACUGUCUUCCAGAGAAGGAGAGAUGGCAAAGAGAACUUUGACAGAGCGUGGGUGGAGUACAAACACGGCUUUGGAGACCUCUACUCACCUGAUGGAGAAUUCUGGCUGGGCAAUGAACCGCUACACUAUCUCACCUCCCAAGGAAAGUACGACUUGCGCAUUGACAUGGAGGACUUUGACGGCAAUCAGAGAUUCGCAGAGUACAAGAACUUCAAAGUUGACGAUGAGAAGGACCAGUUCCAGUUGCAUGUGGGCGAGUACAGUGGGAAUGCAGGCGACGCCCUCUCUGACACUCACGACUCCUCCUCUGCUGGGCAGCCAGGUUUGGGGUCAGGUGGGGUCAAAUUCAGCACCUACGAUCUGCUCAACAACAGCGACGCCCAGUGCAUCGGACACUCAAAGUCAGGCUGGUGGUUCAGCAGGUGUGAUUCAGGCAAUCUAAAUGGUCACUACUACAACGGGCCGUACCAAGCCAUGACCGAUGAUGGGGUAGUGUGGUACACAUGGCACGGUUGGUGGUACUCCAUCAAAUCUGUGGUCAUGAUGGUGCGAGCCGCCGACCUGGAGGGUCCACCGCCGGUCAUCGCUCCUCUCCUUGGAGAACAUGACAGCGACGCAGCAGACAAAUAGGUUAAAAACACACUUGUAAAAGUCAGGGCUUUUACCAUCUCAUGGAUUUCAAUAUUUGAAAUAAAACACUGUUGUUUUAAAUCAUAUAUCAUAUUUAUUCUGUGUCCAAAAGUAAACAGAACAUGGAGCCGUUGAGGCGUUAUGGGUACAUCUGAGGCUUUGGUGGGACAAACAGACAUAGAAUGAGUUUCUUGAUAUCA